AUGCCGAACGAAAUAGUAUUCCGAGAUAAGUUAUUUCAGAAUCUCAUAUUUUCAAAGGAAUACACAAAUGCUGACAACGCAAAUUGGCAUCAACGUCAUUUUACCUGCUUCGAAUGCAACAAACAAUUAGGAAACUGCAACUAUGUAUCAGUUUUUCAGCAGCCAUAUUGCUUACCUUGUUACCAUGACAGCGUUGCCGAACGGUGUUUCGCUUGUGAUUUACCGAUAGACGUGGACAGUGAAAGAUUUGUGUUGGACAACAUGAGUUGGCACAUCGAUUCGUCGUGUUUUUCUUGUCAGCAAUGUCGGAAAAUAUUAGAAGAUAUAACUUUUGUUGUAGAGAAUAAGAAGAUGUUUUGUUCUGAAGCUUGUUCAAUAAGUAACCAAUAGUCACAAUAUAGAAUACGAGAACAUAUAAUUGCCUAACCUUGUUUUAGGGGCUACUACGAUGAAAUUAACAUUAGAAUGUUGGUAUUUUUGUAAAACUCUUAUAUAAUCCAAUCUACUAAUAGUUUUAUCCAUAUUGAUCAUUACCGGAUUCAUUCUUCUUUUUUUAUUCUUUGAAGGUGUACACACCUUCUUUGGCAGCAGCUGGGAGGGUCCUAGACAGUGGAAUCUAUAAAAACGUAUUGUGGCAAUUUUAGGUCCCAAAGUUCAUAAUUCAUGUGGUUUUCAGGGUAUUUUGUGCGGCCAUUCAGUGUUAGUGAAAGUCAUUCUUUUAAAAAAGACUUGCUUGAAUGUAUAAAAUUUGCAGAGAGAAGAAAAGAAAGAGUAAUCUAUAUUAUAAAGCCCGUAUACGUCCGUCCGUCCGUCCGUCCGUCCGUC